AUGUCCCUCCUCCUCAAAAAUCUGCGACUACAUCAAGUUUUCGGCGCCAACACCGAUGUCGGGAAAACCAUCCUCACGUCGGCUCUCGUACGCGCUUCGGCUUCGUUGAAAAAUCAGGUAUACUAUCUAAAGCCUGUUAGCACAGGUCCCAUGAAGGAUGCCGAUGACGAACACGUAUUGCGGUAUGCUGGCGCCCACAAACAAUUCAUCAAAGCGAACUGUCUAUUUCGCUUCGAUGAACCCCUCAGUCCUCAUCUGGCUGCCCAGAUGGCAUCGGAAAAAGCAGGAGUAGAUCUAGCACCACCAUCUGACGAGACAUUCGUAACUUCUGUGGCGACUUACAUCCGACGAUGUGCUACACAAUCUCAAGAAGCCAGUCAUAUGUAUGUCGAAACAGCAGGAGGCGUACACAGCCCAACAUUAUCUGGGACCACUCAGCUUGACAGCUACAGGCCUCUGUUUCUUCCAACUAUUUUGAUCGGCGACUCUAGACUAGGCGGCAUAUCAUCCACGAUAUCGUCCUACGAAUCUCUUCUUCUACGCGGCUACAUCGUCGACGCCAUUCUCCUAUUCAAGGACGAUUACUACCGGAACUACGAGUACCUCACUCCUUACUUUGCGGAGCGUGGAGUCCACGUCUCAGCGUUUGAACCACCACCACCUCUGGAGUCCGAUCCGUCCAGGAACUUCGAGGUCACAGACCAAUAUUACGGCUCCCUAGUUCCCGAUGACCAGCAAGGUGGACUUUUCGACAUCCAGCGGCAUCUAGACGAUUGCCACGCAAAGCGGAUAAGCGAGCUAGAGUCCAUGCCACAACGAACGCUCGACACUGUCUGGUGGCCUUUCGUCCAGCACGGUCUCGUCAAAGGUCCCGCAGAAGUGAACGUAAUCGACAGCGCUUCUCAAGAUUUCUUCUCCAUCUACAAUGGCCACAAAUCUUCCACAGCAACUACCCUCACUUCCCCAGACGCAGAGAAAGCGAAUUCAAGUUCACUCCUCGAGCCUCAAUACGAUGGCUCAUCGUCCUGGUGGACCCAAGCUCUCGGCCAUGCUCAUCCCUCUCUCACCCUCGCCGCCGCCCGGGCGUCCGGACGAUACGGGCACGUCAUGUUCCCCCAGGCGACGCACCUUCCAGCCCUCCAACUCUCCGAAUUCCUCGUCAACAAAGGCCCAGGGAAGGGCUGGGCAUCUCGCGCCUUCAUCUCCGAUAAUGGGUCCACGGGCAUGGAGGUGGCGCUCAAGAUGGCUUUGCGGGCGUACACGGUACGACAUGGGACAAAAUACGAGGAGGACGGGAAGACGAAGAAGGCUCUUGGGAUCAUUGGACUGAAGGGAAGUUACCACGGAGACACUAUUGGCGCCAUGGAUGCUUGUGAGGAGGGCGUUUAUACCUGCGAGUGGCACCAGGCCAAAGGAUACUGGUUCGAUCCACCGAGCAUUUCCAUCCGUAACGGCGAGCCCACGGUGACUGUACCCCCCGCCAUAGCUGCACACGGGAAACUUCCCUCAGAGCAUAUAGCAGUUGAAACUAUCGCUUAUGCUUACGAUGUUCCUCGUCGGCUGCACUCGCCGCUUGCAGAGAUCUAUCGUGACUACACUCGGACCACCAUCGAGAAACUGAAGCAACGACAUGGACCAUCAUUCGCCGCCAUGGUACUCGAACCCCUAGUCCUCGGUGCAGGUGGAAUGGUCUUCGUCGAUCCCCUCUUCCAACGCGUCAUGAUCGACACCGUCCGCGAGACAUUCUCCUCUCCCCCUGCAACCCCCCAAUCUGAGGACCCCACCACCUGGCGCGGUCUGCCCGUCAUCUUCGACGAAGUCUUCGUAGGCCUCUACAGACUCGGCCUACAAUCCACAGCUCCUCUCCUCGGCGUCAAUCCCGACAUCUCCGUCAACGCUAAGAUCCUCACUGGAGGCCUCCUCCCCCUCGCCGUCACUCUCGCUUCCAACUCCAUCUUCGAAGCCUUCUUAAGCGACAAAAAAACGGAUGCUUUAUUGCAUGGGCACAGUUAUUCGGCACACGCGGUGGGAUGCGAAGUCGCGAACGAGACGUUGAAAAUCAUAGAAGGAAUGAAUGAGAAUGGCGCCUGGGAUGCGGCGAAAGAUAUGUGGCGGAAUGUGGCGACACAGAGUGGAGAAGGUCUUGAGGGCGAGAAAUCGGUCACUGUGAGCUCUGAGAGUGAGGUUUGGAGUUUCUGGGAUCCAAGCUUCGUGGAUGCGGUGUCGCAGCUGUCCAAUACAGAAGAAGUCAUGACGCUUGGAACUGUCCUUGCCAUCAAGCUCAAAGACUCGGACGCGGGCUAUCAAUCUCAUUCGGCACAGACCACACUGCAAUCACUCAACUCGAAAGUGCAGAGCACAGACGACAUCGUGUCCUCUGCGCCUGGAGGAGCACCAUUCAGCAUCCACUUCAGGACAUUGGGAAAUGUGGCGUAUUUCAUGACGAGUCUGAACACGUCUCCGGCCACCGUCAGGUCUGUUGAGGACAGAAUAUGGGCCGUACUGGGAGAGGCGAAGGAAUAA